AUGGGGAAAAUCUUGUCACGCCUUCAGGAGAUAUUUGGGGAAUUUCAUCUCACCCCAGCAAGACUCAUCAUGGUCGGACUGGACGGUGCAGGUAAAACCACGAUCCUUUACAAGAUCAAACUAGAUGACGAGGACAUCGAGACUUUACCGACUGUCGGCUUCAACGUGGAGACCGUAACAGUCUGCAAGAACGUCACGUUCACCGUGUGGGACGUCGGUGGCCAGGAGAAGCUCAGAAGAUUGUGGAGCAUGUAUUUCAAGGGCUCUCAUGGAAUUCUGUUUGUGGUAGACAGUUCGGACAAAGAGAGAAUGACGGAGGCACGAGACGAGCUUCAGAAGAUUUGCAAGGCCGAGGAGCUGAAAGGCGUGCCCAUGAUAGUCAUCGCUAACAAACAGGACGUAAAAGGCGCCAUGUCAACGUCCAAGGUCGCUGAUUGGUUGAAUCUUGGCAAGAUUAAAGAUCGCUAUUGGUGUGUCCAGGGCGCAUGUGCAACCCGAGGUGAAGGCCUGAUCGAAUCCAUGACAACAAUGGCUACUCUCGUUAAGAAUUACAAGAAGAACAGCAGUAAAUGGAAAAAGUCCAACUACAUCUGA